CGUCAUGUACCCCUGUCGGGAGAUCACGAGAGUAUCAAGUUCAGGUUAUACACAACUGUAUUUCCUUAGAGAGAAUACCUCCUGCUGUCACCUGCCUGCCAGGAGAAAUGAGUGGUUUUGCUAUUAAACUGAAAGCAUUUUGAUUCUGUUUCUUUGAGAAGUAAGUGCAAGUAUCUCCUCUAUGCUAACAAGACCAGCACAGCAGAGAUCUGCUGAUUCCAGACCUUCACCUAGUGGCUAGAACUUCAAGGAUUUUUAUCAGGGGAAGCUAUUUCUUUCUGGUUAGAAACUGGCUUGACCUCCUACCCCUCAACUCAAGAACACCCACAGAGCAUCCAUGACCAAAAGAGUUGCAGUGAUUGGAGCUGGGGUGAGCGGCCUGUCUUGCAUCAAAUGCUGCUUGGAUGAGGACCUGGAGCCCACCUGCUUUGAGAGAAGUGAUGACUUCGGGGGACUAUGGAAGUUUACUGAAGAUUCCAAAGACAGGACGACCAGGGUCUACAGAUCAUUAGUAACAAACGUCUGCAAGGAAAUGUCAUGUUAUAGCGACUUUCCGUUCCAAGAAGAUUUUCCCAAUUUCAUGAGUCAUGCAAAAUUUUGGGACUAUCUCCAAGAAUUUUCUGAGCACUUUGAUCUCCUUAAAUACAUUCAGUUUAAGACUACUGUGUGCAGUGUAACAAAGUGUCCGGACUUCUCUGAAACUGGGCAGUGGGAUGUUGUCACAGAGACAGAGGGCAAGCAGAACAGAGCUGUCUUUGAUGCUGUCAUGGUUUGCACUGGACAUUUCCUGAAUCCCCAUUUACCUUUGGGGUCCUUUCCUGGAGUCCAUAAGUUUCAAGGGCAGAUCCUGCACAGCCAAGAGUACAGGACCCCAGAAGCCUUCCAGGGCAAGCGCGUCUUGGUGAUUGGGCUUGGGAACACGGGAGGGGACAUCGCAGUGGAGCUCAGUCGAACAGCAGCUCAGGUAUUUCUUAGUACUAGGACUGGCGCCUGGGUUUACAGCCGCUCUUCAGUUGGGGGCUACCCUCGUAAUAUGAUGUCAACAAGAAGAUGCAAUAAUUUGAUUGCACAAGUUGUGCCUUCAUGUUUCCUAAACUGGAUUCAAGACAGGCAAAUGAAUAAAAGAUUUAACCAUGAGAAUUAUGGAUUAAGUAUUACAAAGGGGAAGAAGAAGAAAGCUAUUGUGAAUGACGAGCUGCCAAGCUGCAUUCUCUGUGGGACAAUCACUGUGAAAACCAGCGUGAAGGAGUUCACAGAGACCUCUGCUGUCUUUGAAGAUGGGACAGUAGAAGCAAACAUCGAUAUUGUGAUCUUCACUACAGGAUAUACAUUUUCUUUUCCCUUUCUUGAAGAACCUCUCAAAAGUCUUUGUACAAAAAAGAUGUUCCUAUACAAGCGGGUCUUUCCCCCAAACCUGCAAAAAAUGACGUUCGCCAUCAUUGGCCUGAUCAGCCUCACUGGGUCCAUCUUAGCAGCCACAGAGCUCCAAGCACGGUGGGCCACAAGAGUCUUCAAAGGACUCUGUAAAAUACCUCCAGCCCAGAAAUUGAUGGCCGAGGUGGUUAGAAAGCAGCACCUCAUUAAAAGGGGUGUGAUUAAGGAUACCAGUCAAGACAAACUCAACUACAUCAGCUACAUGGAUGAGCUUGCUGCAUGCAUAGGCGCAAGGCCCAACAUCCUGUUUCUGUUCCUCAAGGACCCCAGACUAGCUUGGCAAGUUUUCUUUGGACCAUGUACCCCUUACCAGUACCGCCUAGUGGGCCCUGGAAAAUGGGAUGGAGCCAGAAACGCCAUCCUGACCCAGUGGGACAGGACUAUGAAACCUUUAAAAACCCGAACUGUUGCUGAUUCCCCCCAGCCUGCCUCCAUGUCACAUUAUUUUAAAGUUUGGGGGGCACCUAUCCUAUGUGCCUCUCUUCUACUUAUCGGUAAAUCUUUACUCUUUAAAUCUGUGUGAGAUAAACUCUAAGAUAGCAUUUUUCUGUACUACAGUCUUUUAACUUUCAAAAUACAGAUGAUGAAUUCUCAGAUAA